AUGUUCAACCAGACCACUACCAACGCGACCGUCGCCAUCCACAGUCAAGCAGACCUCAAGACCAUACGCGACCUCCUCAACCCCUUUCUGAGUGGGACGAUGGGCCGUCUUGCACUGGUGGUAGCCGUCUGCUUCUUCAUGGUCUAUGCCGGCCUCAUCACCGACGCAGACACAGUUGAGCCCGACUUCCACGAGCAUCCCGAGCAACCAGAAGAACGCGAAGACGAGCAAAGCUCCUGCGCCGCCGGCAUCGACAAAGACGCCGACAGCGACUUCUCAGACCACGCCUUCCAGUUCCACUUUUUCGACCAUCCCUUCCGCACCGGCAACAUCUCCAACGAACCACCAGCCAACCUAGGCGUUAUCGUCGGCCUCCGGGGAGAUGUCGACCUGACACACUGCAUGGAGGACCUCAGCCUCCGCCCUCUGCCGCCUGGAGGCUUCGUUGAGAACCCUCGCAUCCGUCGACGCGCAAGACUCACGAUGAAUAUGAGCGAGAGGCUGAGGCUACCAAAGGAUGCACCUCUCGCUGGGAGUGUCCUUGGGGUGAAGUUGCUGAAAUUCUCCGAGCAGUUGAAGGCUUAG